GAGAGAGAGGGUCUCAUUUAAUAAAAGAUUAAUUGAAUUAGACCCGAAAGCUCUUUCUCUUCAUUUGACCCCCUCCCACGAUCUCUUCUUUAAGAAUCGUUGGUUAAACCCCCCUCACCCAUGGGUUGGUAUUGUCCUGCCCCCCCCUCUUCCUUUUUCUCCUUCCUUCGGUCCUCCUCUUCUUGCUUUGGUAAACCACCUUCUGAUUUAGCCCAAGCGAGCUCACAAAAAAUCUGAUUACAGAGAGAAAUGAAGACCUGCCCACUUCUUUCAUAACUCUCCUCUCUCUCUCUCUGUUUCCCGCAUUGUGUGUCAUUUUGCUUGAGGAAAGAAAAACAGAGACAAGAGCGCGAGAGAGAGAUUCUUGAGGGGCCCAGAUGGGAAGGUCUCCUCCUUCCUCUUCCUGCUCUUCUUCCCCAUCAUCGUCGUCCUCUUCAUCAGCUUCUUGCGUUGUUGGGUCCAGUAGCCCUCAUGACAUAGCUGAGAAGCCCCAGAGGAAACGCUCCAGGAAAAUUCAGAAUCGCAAUUCUUCAGCUGACGAUCAAUCCCCGAAUGCCAACAGCCCCAGCUCCGCUCGGAGAAGCUCUGUUUACAGAGGAGUCACCAGGCAUAGAUGGACAGGGAGGUUUGAAGCUCACCUGUGGGACAAGAGCUCCUGGAACAAUACACAGAACAAGAAAGGAAGACAAGUUUAUUUGGGCGCUUAUGAUAGCGAGGAAGCGGCCGCCCGCACCUACGACCUCGCCGCCCUGAAAUACUGGGGGCCCGACACGAUCUUAAAUUUCCCGAUAGAUACGUAUGAGAAAGAGCUCGAGGAGAUGCGGAACGCCUCCAAGGAGGAGUACCUGGCGUCCCUGCGGCGGCGCAGCAACGGCUUUUCUAGAGGGGUCUCGAAGUAUCGCGGUGUGGCAAGGCAUCAUCACAAUGGGAGGUGGGAGGCUAGAAUUGGGCGAGUUCUUGGCAACAAGUAUCUCUACUUGGGUACAUACAAUACACAGGAGGAGGCGGCAGCUGCAUACGACAUGGCGGCCAUCCAAUACCGAGGAGCGAAUGCGGUGACCAACUUCGACAUUAGCAAUUACGUUGAAUGCUUGAAGAAGAAAGGCAUCCAUGUGGACGUGCCGCAACCCCAAGCAACACCAGCCGACCCUCCCAAAUCGCAAGAAACACAGCAUGACAUUGUUCCUGACGACCCGAAGCCGCAAACACCCCUCAAACAAGAGAAGCUAGAGCAACAGGUCCUCCGAUAUGCCGAUGACCUCGACCUCCACCCGUCACCCAAUUGCAUGGACAUGGACUCCUCAUGCAUAAUGGACUCGGCUGACGACUGGGAGCUCUCUCCCUGGAGCUUCUGCAUGGACGUGAUCGGGCUCAACCUGUUGCCGGUCCCGGACCUCAUGAUCGAGAAGGGAGGGGAACUGCCGGAUCUGUUCGGUGAGCGGGGUUUCGAGGAUGACAUCGACUUGAUCUUCGGAGGGGACGGUGGAGUGGUGGAGGUUGAAGGGAAUGAGGUGGAGGGUAAUGAUGGGCAAGGGAUGAUGUUGUUGUGUGAGAGAUCAUCGUCCUCCCCAUCUUCUUCAACAACUUCAGUUUCUUGUGACUAUAGUAGUGUUUGAAGGUCCUCCCUGUUUUUUCUUUUUUGUUUAUACCUUUCCUGGGUGGGAGAUAUGUUUGGAAGGUAAGAACUGGUUGGGUUUGUUUAACUCUUUUUUGAGUUUUCCUUCUUUUGGUGGAGUUGGAAUCUGUCGGGGGAUGGUUGAUGGGAAAGAUUAAAAAAAGCAACUGUUCCGAAAU